UCAAGCUUAUGUCAGCGACGUGUUUCUAAACGAAAAUUUCUCAUAAAUUCAUAACCCACUUGGAGCUUUUAUUUUUCUUUAUUGUGUUGUUGGUAUGUUUGUGUUGAGUUUAGGCUUAUAUUGUGAGACGAAAAAAUCUCGCGUUGGUCAAAUAGUGAUAAAAUGACAUCUUAAGUGAAUAUGUCGUUUAUGAGUUGAUUGUGAACAGUGUGAAAUUAAUGGAGCUGAAGGUCUGGGUCGAGGGAAUACAAAGGAUUGUUUGUGGGGUUACUGAGACCACAACCUGCCAGGAUGUAGUUUUUGCAUUAGCUCAUGCCACUGGUAAAGUGGGCAGAUUCACUCUGAUAGAGCGGUGGCGGAAUAAUGAGCGGCUACUGGCGCCACAGGAAUAUCCCCUGAAGAUCCUAAUGAAAUGGGGAGAGUACUCCAAUGAUAUUCAGUUUAUAUUAAGACGGUCAGACUCUGGCAACAACCAGAAACAACAACCUACCAAUAGUUCCAGGUCUCCUAUAGGAAAUGGGGGCCAUACUGCAUCAAAUCCUAACAUGCUUGACAGCCAGAACUCACCAAAUAGGAUGUCAACAACACCUACUUAUAGCAAUAAUAAUCCAAAUAAUACAUCACCUGGCAACCCUGUUGGAGUAGUCAAGGGAGUGCAACAAGCCAAAACACCUGAGUCUGACAGCCCUGUGCUGAAAGAUGUACCGCCAUACAGAGAACCACCACCGCCAUAUCGUUCGCCACCCCCACCGUCUCAAGCAGUCAGGAAGUCUCCGAACCGCAUGCGUCCGAACAGGCCACAGCACAUGUCUCCCGUGAACUUGCCAGAAGAGAGUCAGGAAAACAGGAGUCCUGAGGCAGUCAGCUAUAAUAAUCAGUAUAGGGAGCUAGUUUCUCUUGUUAAUUAUCAAAGGGAGAAGCUUUCAAGUCAACAAGUGGAUCUUAUCAAGUAUGACGCAGAGAUCGGCUUCUGGGAAAACAAAGGUCGGGAGCAGGAAAGACAGGUGGAAUUAUUACAGCAACAAAUUAGCUCAGCGGACAACCAACUGCGGAUCAGUACUGAACAGGUACAAGCACUGAACUACGUAGAAGAAGAAGGUGAAAUAGUGAAACAAAAUGAGAAGACGAUAAAGUCUGAGAUAGUACUGGUGCGGUCAAAGCUUGCCAACUGUGAGACGGAACUGUUGCAAUGUAAGAACAAGAUUAGGAAGCUCAUGGAGGAGAUACAUAAUGAGCAGAGGAUUAUCAACAGUCGUCAUCAGGAUAAUAGGCAGUCGCUGGAGCGAUCAAUGCUCGCUGAAAUGGAGAGUUUACAAAGUCAGAUACAGCAGGCGAAACACGCGACUGAAAUCAACAAUCUCACCGCUGAGAAUUUGAAGAGAGAGGUUGGAGUACUAGAAAAUGCCAUAAUGGAGAAGAAGCGCCAAGUGGAGCGGCUGGUGCAAGAGAUGAAGGAAGCCAACUUGCAGAGCCUGACCGGCAGCGUGGACGAGCUGCGCCAUCCGUUGGACGGGCUAUGCAAGGCAGGUAGCGCUCGUAGGAUCAUCGGGUCUCCGAGACAGCUAGAGAAUGCGGCGCCCACCAAUAAGAACCCCCACGGCGUAUGGGUAUAAUCCAAUGAAACAUUACUAUAAGAUCGGCCAUUCAUGUUCCCCCUAUUUAAAUGCAACGGCCUAAUUUAAGUAGCGAAGCAAUUCAUUAGAUCAAAAUAGAUAUAAUUUUUACAUUGGGUUUCUGAAUCAAAUUGAUCAAAUGUUGAAUCUCACAAUUUUAUUAUAAAUAUUUAGCUGUGUUUCUGUUCAAAAAUAAUUUGUCUUCUCAAAGUACUAAUAUGUAUAAUAAAAAAACUUUCUUGUAAUUCUCACAUUAGUAGGCCUGCCUCCUGAAAAGAUACCUCGGUGUUAUCUCAGCAUUAUUUAGAAUUUUACAAUUUUAUUUACUAAGUUAACACUUUAACCUUUUUAUAUUUGUUUGUUUGAUUUGGAAACCCAGCCUCAGUGCUGCUAUACAAUGUGCACGAUAUUAUCUUGUGGUACUUUCUAUAGCUUAUGGUAGCGGUUAAUUUAUUAGUAUUUGUGUUCAAAUUAGUGUCAUAUUUAAUUAUUAUUUUGUCACAAAUUAUUUUUUUUAUAAGUGUGUAUUGGAAUAUUUAAUGGAGUGUACUUAAAAGUAUCGGCUUGAUAUUUUUACCUUACACUGAAAGUAUUAUUUUGUCUUGCCGUAUAGUUAACGUUUUUUUGAUAUUGAUCGAUAUUGGAAUUAGAUGGAACAAGUGCAUUUCAAUUGUUAACAAUAUUAUUUAGUUGCGUGUAUCGUGUGUUGUGUUUUGUGUGAAUUUUAAUAAAAUGCGAUAUAUAAUCGUAGGUUUGAAACUAACAACGCAUUAGUUACAAAUUACUCGCAAUCAGUUAUCCAUUUCAGUAUCUAGUUUCGUAAUUUUAUCCCAUCUAUUAUUGUGUUCUGUAUUUCGGAGAUUAUUUUUAACUAGGAAAUGUGGAGCGGUGAGUGAUGAGCCAUGUUGAGUAAUAUUGAGCAAGCUUGUUUUUAAUGUGUGCUCCUAAUGCUCGAAUGCUGAAACGCUUCACAAUUUUAAACUGCACUUAUGCCUCUUGUUAUCAAAUAAGACGCAGCUUAAAAUUGAGGAGUGUUGUGUAUAAGUAUUAUGCCUCUUGCACUGCACUGUAGCUGCAAAUAGGUGUGCUAAGUUAAAGUGAAAUAUCAAUGUACCAUUUCAAUGUAUUUAUAAGAAUUACACUUCACUAUAUUACGAAUCUCUACGACCUAUAUUACUGUUUAAAAAACUAUUUACACUACGAUUAAUUUGCAAUAUAGAUACUUAAUUAUAAUAAUAAAUCUAGUCGAAAGUUUAAGCCAUUGCAAUAUUUUAUAAACAAAUAUUAACCUUGAUUUUAGAAGCAUUUUAAAUAUAAUAAUGGCAUUUAUGACAAAUCAAAUUAUUAAUAUUAUAGUGUAAUAGAUGUAGUGUGUACUCGCUGCGUAUUAUUUAGAUGUUCUAUGAGACUUGAAGAAUAUAGUAUGUUUUGUUUCCUACAUGGCAACUAAUUGUAACUAGAUGAUUUGUGUAUACUUCAUAUUAUAAAUAAAGGACAUAUUGUAUACUGCA